AUGGCAGUUUUACAGGAUUUUUGUAAACUUUCUAUGGAGUACUUGAAGAGGGGGCCAAAUCCAAAAUUGUACCAAUCAGCUGCUCAAAAGCUGAAUGUUCAACCAGAAGUUAUACGCAAUGCUGUAGAGGGGCUUGUUCACUUAUUAGUAAGAAGCUGUAAACAGAAGUUAAAUGAUUUGGACUUCCGAGAUUCAAUGUUAACUCUAGGCUUCAGUGAAGCUCAUCAAGAAAUUCUUUCUGCAUUUUUUGAAAACAAGAAAGAAGAGAUCCUAAAUGUUUUAAACAACUACUCUCAUGAUUUGCCUCACUUCAAAGAUCUGGAAUGGCGUUUUGAAGUGCAGCUUGCUUCCCGGAGUUUACAGCAUCAAAUUACUCCUUUGAUCACUAUGAAACUGUCUCUGGAGAAUCGUCGUGGAUCAGUGGCUAUACCUGGAGAACAGUUGGUGCUGCAGACGGAUCCUACCAAUUUGGUUCAUCUCACUCAAGUUCUGGAAGAAGCUUUGCUGGAAGCCCGCAGUCAGCACACUCGGCGCUUCCAGAGAUACAUUAAAUAGCCAAUGGCUUGUCUGUGAUGUUCAAAGACAAAGGUGAAGUUGCUGUGGAAAACCAGACUAUUUUGUGCCAAGCAUAUGAACAGAAAGAAAGCAGUAUGCAUGUGCAUUUAAAAAACUAUUUGUUGACUAGUUCAAGUCCCAACCAACCAACAAAACAGUCAAAAUUAUUUUUUCUUUAUUAUAAUUUAAUAAGUAUUGUAAUUUUUCAUUGAAUGAAUGUUAUUGUAAUCAAUAUUCAAUUAUUAGGAAAAGGAAAAUUUGUACACAGUAAUUAGAGAAUUUCACUUGAAUUUUAUUCAACUAAUUGUUUGUAUUUGUACGAAAAAAAAUAAUUUCUUAAUAGAUUAAUUACCUUAAUACUCAAAACAUAAUAAAGGACUAAAUGUGACCAGCAUUAAAAUAUUUCUCUAAAUGAUUACAAAGAAUAUUUUAUACUGUAUUCUGCGUGACUUAACCAUUUUAUUUUUUUGAAGAAUUGUGUUCUUCCUUGUUGAUGUUCGAUUAAUAAAAUGCUCAAUAUUCCUGCCUUAAUCUUAAAGAAACUUUCAUUUUUUUCAAUUUCAUAGAAUAUUUUGUAGAUAAUCUACUCUGAAAACCUUGUGUCUGCACAGUGUAAGAAAUCUUAGAUGUGGUUUUCAAUCAAUGAAUGCUGAAACUGAAAACUGAAUACUUUUGUGAAUUUGCUUUUGAAGAAAAAUUCAAGAACCAUUAGGUUCUAAUUUUUGUUAUUGAAACAUUACAGCGUAUUUAGAGGCAGUGAAAAUAAAGUGGAGAAAAAUCAAAGAAAUUGAGGAAGUAUAGUUAAACAAGGUUUGGUUUCAAAUCUAUUAUAUUUUAAAAUGUGUUAGUUGUAUAAAUGUGUUUAUAAAUUACCUGUAAUUCUAGAUGAUUAUUACUUUCUCGUCCUUACAAAGGUACUUCGUAAAAAGAGAAAGUUAUGAAAUUGUGCACUGGAAAGUGGCGAAUUUUUGGCAGAAAAAAUCUUAUUGCUUGGUACCAAAAAAAUAUGUAAUUCCUGUUUCAAAAUAUCAAAAAAAAUAUCCUCCAACCCAUGAUGUAUUCAGAAUCCAUUUUUUGUGGGUCCUCAAUACCAAAAAAUCAAUUUACAACAAAACCUGUCUGUCCAAUUAUGGUCAAUGCUAGUGCCCAAACCGUUCACCCAAUUUUCUUCAAAAUAUACAAGUAUAUUCGUUGGUCGAUCUGAAUUGACUUGAGACUUCGGAAGUUUGAAAAGGAUAUAUUGAGUGUACUUUACAUAAACCCUCAAAAACAUUUUAAAAUCUUUCUCAAAAAUAGCACCUUGUUGUUUGAUCAAACUUUGUCCUUGGAUAGCACAAAGGACGCUUAAGAAAAUGGUGCAGGUCUCAAGUUCGUUGAAAUCUGAGAUUUUUUGAAAAUUGCAAGAGUCCUAUU